AUGUCUGGCACGCAAGCACUCACGACUGUGCUCAGUAUGCGCACUCGAAAGCCGGCGUAUGUUGGAGUUCACGAUCUUUAUACCGAGAGCUGGCACCGUGCUGCGGUUGUGAAAGCUGGACUCAUGGGAGUGACUUAUAUCGUCAAGCUUAUCGUCGAGGGAAGAUCGCUCCAGCAACACGAUUUUAUAGCGAUCAUGAAGCUGAUCAACGCACGUACCCUCAAGCUGGAAUCCUUUCACGAUGAACGCAAGCUCCCUCAAUACGCCAUCCUAUCCCAUGUCUGGGGCGACAAGGAAGUACAGCAUCACCAUUUGGUAGCCCAUCCGAGUCCGGCGGAUGACGACGUGAACUACGCGAAAGUUCUUGAUACAUGUCGUCAGGCCUUGAUCGAUGGCAUUGGCUACGCGUGGAUAGAUACAUGCUGUAUCGACAAGACGAGCAGCGUCGAGCUAUCGGAAGCAAUCAACUCGAUGUGGCGAUACUACGAAGGAUCCGCCGUUUGUUAUGCAUACAUGGCCGAUGUGAGCAUGAGAUUCAGUGAUUCAGCUCCAUCGAGUGUGCCGAACUCGUUCUCGCCACAGAAGGCAGAUGGUCAUGCUCACCGUCUGAGCUGCGGUACAACAGAGCAGGGACGACAUUCUGAAGGUAUCGUCCUAGGCUUUCGGAAUAUCAAAUGGUUCACCCGUGGCUGGACGCUGCAAGAGCUACUGGCUCCACUACACGUUGUCUUUUAUACCACUGAUUGGCAACGCAUUGGCGACCAGCAUCACACGAUGGUAGAGAUACAAGGUGGAACGAGCAUUCCGGAAGACGUGCUUCUUCAUGCCAUCCCACUCGAACAGAUAGGAGUGGCAAUGUGA